AUGUCUUUGACACCGCCGCAGACCUCCACUAUUUCUGACUUUACUUCGCCAGCAAAACCAGCCUCAGCCCCGCCCUCCCCUCCGGCCUCACCACCUCUGCCCCACCAACUGCUCUCCCCAUUCUACCGUCUGCCACCCGAAAUCCGAAGCCACAUCUACUCCUUCCUGACGCUCGAACGCACGGUAUCCUACCCACUAGGCCCCAGCGCCAUAACCGCACUCUCACACAUACCGCCAUUCGCGCUCCUCCUCACAUCACGGCAAAUCGCCGAGGAAUGCAUUGCGUACUUCUACCGGGCCGCACACUUCCGGAUCAUGCUAUCAAGCACGUCCGGGUUCUGGGUGGACGCGGGCUUCAGCCGCUUCGCAGCGACGGCGCAGGUAGCAUCGCUGCGGAACCUGGACGUGCUGCUGGACUGGGAGGUGGCGGCGCCGUGGGAGAAGGGGGGCGUACAAGGCGGGGCGGGAGCGAGCGACGGCACGGCUCACGGCGUGCGCGACGUCGUCGAGCGCGCGCAGCGCUUGGUCCACGUCCUGUGUGCUGAGGCCCGCGAGCUGCGUGUCGUCACGGUCUGCUGGACGGAUCUGGUCGAUGGGUUUUGGGACGAGAAGGCCGAGGUGUUGAGGCUUUUGAAGGGGUUGGAGGACCGCGAUGUCAAGGUUGUGAGGGGCGAGGUUAUCGCUGAGAAUGAGGAGAGGGUCUGGGACUUGUUUGAGGGGUGGGUCGAUGGGAGGGUGUUGAGGAGUUGGCCCAGGUUCUCGUGA